UCGGCAGCUUCUGGUGACCCCCUUCGCGGCUCGCUCCGCCGCUGUGCCCUCGCGCCCGGGUGCGGAGGGCGCUGACAACGUGAGAGGCAGUCUUCUCGCUCACCUCUUACCGCCGGAAAAUACGGUAUCGGCAAUAAGUAGCGUGUUGGUUAGUUCAGACAGUUGGCGGGGAACCGAUAGGACCGCCGCUGUGGCGAGCCCUGCGCUGCCCCGGAGUUGAUUGCUCAGCCCCGGUCAACAGGAGUCCUGUAAAAGAGGUAGGAGCCUGCUGAGGGGGAGCAAUUCCCCGUGGCAGCAGGGAGUACGGGGCCUAGCUGCUGUUAGAUGACUGCUCCACGGGCAGGACUGUCCCCUGCCGCUGCAGUUGGGUUUUGUUCCUUUCAGCUGGAGGCUGGACGGUCCCUGUGGCUUCAGCACAGCUUCCUGUCCUCUGCUGCCUUGUUCGCUGUGUGGUCCAGCAAGUCUAGACUUGUUGCUUUUCUGGUCUCGGCUGCCUUGAAACCGACCCACCACCCCCUUAUCACAUACAGCGUUGCAUGUGCGUGCAGUGUUUCUCUUAGAGCUGGAAGGAUGGUGGAUGGUAACAGGAAAACCUUUUGCAAGUACUGCUCUCUCACUGAGUAGUUUCACUGCCAAGAGCAGAGCUGAUAAUUCAGAGCCUCCCUCUGUUGGCCUUUUGCCACCAUAAGCUCUGCUGUGGUUAGGAGCUGAACUAGAAGGCAAGGAGAGGCUCUUGCCUCUCUUGACGUGCAAAUCAGUGUCUAGAGAAAAGGGAAGUGCUCAGUGCUGGCAGCCCGGUUUAGUCUGUCAGAGUACUUGGUGUCCUGCAGGCUCCAGCCCUUUCUCAGUGGUCCUUGGACUGAAGCAGUGGGAAAGUUACUUCAGUAGUGGCCAUACGUUUUCUCUGAGAGUUGGUGCCUGUUGUGGUUGGAGUGCGCUCGAUGAGUUAAUGAGUCUUUCUGUUUCGGGCUGUGACAAUCCAAUCUGACUGCAGCCCUUCCGAGGAUGUUGUCCACAGACGCUCCUGAUCGUAUCUGCUUCUCCAGAACUGUCAGGCCAGUGACUACUUUGCUGUACUACAAACAAGUCAGUAGUUUGCUUCCGUAUGUCUGAAGGUCCUUCUCUCUGCAAGGUAGAUGUGCAUGGAUAUAGGAAAGAGUCGAUGAAAAAAUAAUUGGAUGAAGGGCAUAGCGGUGUGUGGGAGAGGAGACAGCGACUUUUACCCCCAGCCAGCUGUUUUCAUGCACGUUGGGCGGACAGAAGGUGCUGGAUAGUGUGUGGUGGCAGUGUGGGAUGUGAAUUGAGUGGGGUGCGUGGAGACUUCUGAUCAUCUGCCAGCCUGUGCUGUUUUUUUGAAACUGAAAGUCUCUCUGACUUUCAGACUGGCCUCAUCCUUUGCUGUCAGUAAAAGAAAUGACUCUAAUUUAGCCUCUGUUUUUCGUACUGUGUGAUGCAAACAGCAGAAACGAACCCAAAGUAAGUUCCAGUACAAUGUAGGAAUGAAUGGCAGGAGAGGCUGUGACUAACACUGUAUGUUUCUGCAGUUUUCCCUCUCUCUGAAAAUGGUAGCAGGAGCUUCACAGUGCCUGGGUGGCUGGUGCCUAUUGUCCCUGUUGGCACAGGGUCUGACCUUUCUAUCUUGUUUCAUUCUCUGACUAGGCAGAAGAUGGGAACAUCGAGUACAAGGUGAGCCUUCUGAGCCUUGCAGAGGGAGGUCUUCCUCCCAGAGGAUUAUUUUGCAGUGAGUAACUUCAGCAAAGACAGCAUAUGGGGGACACGUUCAAGAAAGGGACAGAAAAAUAGGCACUGGACUAAGGAGUUAUCUGUCUACUUCUGGGUCUCUGUAUGUAGCAAUGCUCAGUAUGCUGAGCUGGAAGAGUUGGAUCUCCUUGCUUGUUUUAGGAACCUGGUUUAGGAGAUGAGACCCACUGUACUUUUCAUGAGAUCUUCCUCCUUUGAUGGAGAUAUCGAGGUAUCCCUGAUAAUCCUUUGCCACUUGCUUGUGGCUCUCCAGCUGUUCACAGUUAUUUGGUUCCUGUAUCACAAAUAUGUCGCAUGGUGCUGUUUCUUUGCCGCCAGAGCAGGCAGGGUACAGAUCCCUUCUGCAAGAUGCAGGAAUGUUCUUGUACCCUACUAUCAUCAGGUGUGUUUUCAAGACGUGGGGUGGGGGCAUUGCUUCAUGGUGUUGGGCUGGGGAGUUGCUUCCUUGGGCAAUGGGAUUCCCUGUGUACCCAGGCUGUGACUCUUAACUACCCCCUCCGUUGAACAGCUAAAGCUAGUGAAUCCUUCGCAAUAUCGCUUUGAGCACCUGGUGACACAGAUGAAGUGGCGACUACAAGAAGGCCGAGGUGAGGCUGUCUAUCAGAUUGGCGUGGAGGACAACGGGCUGCUGGUGGGCCUCUCAGAAGAGGAGAUGCGUGCCUCGCUCAAGACACUGCGCCGUAUGGCGGAGAAGGUUGGGGCAGACAUCACAGUGCUCCGGGAGAGGGAGGUCGAUUACGACAGCGACGUUCCAAGGAAGAUAACAGAAGUCCUUGUCCGAAAGGUGCCUGACAACCAGCAGUUCUUAGACCUGCGAGUGGCUGUGCUGGGGAAUGUGGACUCAGGGAAGUCGACGCUUUUGGGUGUCCUGACACAAGGAGAGCUAGACAACGGGAGGGGCAGAGCACGCCUCAACCUCUUCCGGCAUCUUCACGAAAUCCAGUCGGGAAGAACGUCGAGCAUCAGCUUUGAGAUCCUGGGCUUCAACAGCAAAGGAGAGGUGGUGAAUUACAGUGACUCCCGGACAGCAGAAGAGAUCUGCGAGAGUUCCUCCAAGAUGAUCACUUUCAUUGAUCUGGCUGGCCACCACAAGUACCUGAAAACAACCAUCUUUGGCCUCACCAGCUACUGCCCAGACUUUGCUAUGUUGGUGGUUAGUGCCAACACUGGCAUUGCAGGCACAACGCGAGAGCACUUGGGCUUGGCAAUGGCCCUCAAGGUCCCCUUCUUCAUCGUCAUCAGCAAAGUCGACUUGUGUUCAAAAGCCACUGUGGAACGGACAGUGAAACAGCUGGAGCGAAUCCUGAAGCAGCCAGGCUGCAACAAACUCCCCCUGCUUGUGAACUCAGACGACGAUGCUGUCACAGCAGCACAGCAGUUUGCACAGUCUCCCAACAUCACCCCAAUCUUCACACUGUCCAGUGUUUCUGGGGAGAACCUGGAUCUCUUGAAAGUCUUCCUCAACAUCCUUCCUCCACUGACCAACAGUAAAGAGCAGGAGGAACUAAUGCAGCAACUCACGGAAUUUCAGGUCGAUGAAAUUUAUACUGUGCCAGAGGUGGGGACUGUCGUGGGAGGAACUCUGUCGAGUGGAAUCUGCCGAGAAGGGGAGAGCCUGGUGGUUGGUCCCACUGAUGACGGGAAGUUCCUCCGGCUGAAGGUGUGCAGCAUCCAGCGUAACCGCUCAGCCUGCCGUGUGCUGCGGGCAGGGCAGGCAGCCACGCUGGCCCUUGGGCCCUUCGACCGCUCCCUGCUGCGCAAGGGCAUGGUGAUGGUGAGCCCAGAAAUGAACCCCACCAUCUGCUCAGUGUUUGAAGCCGAGAUUGUGCUGCUGUUCCAUGCCACGACCUUCCGGAAGGGGUUUCAGGUGACGGUGCAUGUGGGAAACGUGCGGCAGACUGCUAUUGUAGAGAAGAUCCAUGGAAAGGAUAAGCUGCGGACAGGAGAGAAGGCAGUUGUCCGUUUCAGAUUCAUCAAGCAUCCUGAGUACUUGAAGAUUGGAGCCAAGCUGCUCUUCCGUGAAGGAGUCACCAAAGGCAUUGGGCAUGUCACUGACCUCCAAGCCAUCACCGCCAAAGAAAACGGCCUGGAGGAGUCCCUGGGGCCUGGACAGCUGAGCUUCUGACUACCACUAGGUCAGAGAGAUCACUCGCCAACAACCGGGGAGAAGGAUGGAAGCUCCCCUGGCUCUCUGAACGAUGCCUGGAGCUGCUGCUAUCCAGUUCUAGUGUGGGCGUCCCUCCUCUGUGCCGUGAGCUGGAGCCUUGGAGAGCUUCUUGCAUUCAGUGCCCUACAUGAGGCAAGUUAAGAAUGUUCUCCAUGUUGCCUGCUGCUUUGACUACCCUGCCCUCCAGAAUAGAUCAGAGGCAUCUGCAGACCUGGCCAGGCGAAUUCUGGCUUUGUUUACUGUUUGAAAAUUACUGGUUGGGAGGAGCAGAGCCCUUGAAGACCAGCAGUGAAGGGAUUUUUUUUUGUCCAUCUCUGAUAUAAGAUCUGGUUCCAUUCCAGCUUGAUCCUGAGUAGUCCUGCAGCACGUCCUCCUGGGGAGGGGAUGGAAGAAGCCCUGCUACCCACAGCAGGGGCUUGGCUGAACCUUUCAGAACGCAUUCAGGACACUUUUUAACCAUUUUAAUCUUGGUUGGCUUUAAUCUGCAGUGUCCGUUUGUGUGUUGGUUUUGCAUUACUGUAAUCUGGGUGUCUUAACUGUUGGACAAGUGUCCUGUCCUGUUCCCCACACACAUGCACAUGUACACACUCCUUCAGCCUCCCACUUGUGACUUCUGGGAGGUUGAGACUGUUCUGAGUGGCACGGCCUCUUGACAUAACAGUGUGAAGGCAGAAUUUGCACUUAAAUCUGCUCCUUGCAGCAGCUGAGCAGCCUACUGUCAGAAGCAGGAGGCAGUUUUGUGGAGCACAGUGGGGCCGGGGCUGGGCCUGUGCUGGCACGUGCUGGUUGUUUCCACAGAGGUUCAGCUACAAGAUGUCAUCUCCAAGUGGGCAGCAGCAUUUUGCAGUGGGCCCCCUGGUACAGCUCAGUUCCAGGGCCCAGCCCAGCUUGCUGCUCAGACGCUUGCCUUAACGUUUGAGCAGGGCAGGUUGUGUUAUUAACACAAAACCAGGUGACUUUUAUUGUGUAGAUGUGAUUGGACAGUGGCAUGAUUUUAGUUCUUGUUCUCUUCAAGGAAGACUUCUUUUCUUUCCCCUGCCACUGGGGUUCAUUGUUGGAGGAAAGAUGGCAUUGCCAGCAAGGACUCUGUGCACAAGAAAUGGAGCACUUUUGUCCCCCACUUGCUACCAUGUGAUUCCUUAUUUGUUCCCUGUGUGACAGUUACUCCAGCCCACUCUUAGCCUGGAGGGUGCAGCAGGGGCUGUGCAGCUGUGCAUACGCUUUUGGUUUUACUUUGGACUGUUAGACCAAAUGUAUCAGCUGUGAGCAACAGUUCUUCAGCCAGCCUUGUAGCAGGGCAUGGUGGCCUGCCAGCCCUGACUGAAGAGAAAGGAGGGGGCCUGUGAUAACACUCGCUUGCCAGAAUAGCCCCACUUCCAUCCUGAAAGCAAGUUCUUCUUCUGCUGAGGCUGCUGGCGCAGGCAGUGCCUACGGGGCUGAGUGGCCCGUGCUGAUCGGUGGAUGUCGCAGAGCGGCGCUUUAGCGCAUGGGGUGGCUGCACCCUGCAAAGAGCAUGCUGAAGUGCUGUGGAGUUGGUGAAAAGCUGGUAUACGUGAAGGGACGUUGAAAGCCCAUCCUCCCCGUGAGAGAUUCAGAGGCAGCUCGUUGGUGACAGGAGCGGGCGUUACCUGUCCCCCCGGGAGGAGAACUGACCCAGCUAAAAACCUGCACCCUCCCCAGCAGUGAGACAGCGCCUACAGGUUCAGGGCAGCUGCUGAAGCAGGAUCCCUUUUCCCUUCUGCCCUGACGGUGGUCUGGGUGUUACAGCAGCGUGUUCUUUCACCCAGCUGCCAGCAGGCUCUUCCCUUUGGUGCUAGUGGUUCACUAAGAAAGCUACCCGGGGUGGGGAGGGGUGUGAAUCCAGCUGUCUGCAGCAGCCCUGGUGUCUUCUGUGCUGAGGCAGACACGGUGCAGUGACCGUUUCUGAAACAGGAGACGGCUGGUUUCAUCUCGUCCCUGCCGUCUGUGGCAUGACCGUUCUUAGUGCCAUGCUCUUCAUAAUUGCUGUUCUGUUGUCUUGAAUUUUUCUAAUGCUGGGGGUGGCCCCUUCUCCCCAAGCAUCUCUCUAUAAAUGUACAGAAUAAAGAUGUUUUAUUGAGA